GCCAAUCUUAAUCAAAUUAAUUUAAUUGUUGGCACUUGCUUGUUUGCUAAACUCUCUUUCAAUCCAAGUUUUCAUUCUGCUGUUGCUUCAGUUCAUUGUCAUUGUCACCCUAACAAUUUUGCUCACUUUUAGUUUUCUAUGUCUCUCAUUCUAACCAGCCGCUAGUUGGUUAUUCUUUCCACCGGUUGUUGCCAAAUCUUGGAUUUAGACUCCUCUUUCGUCACUCUCUGGUACCUUUCGUUCUAUAUUUGCUGCAAGACUAACCUUCUAGUAGCACACUAUGCAGAGUUUUGGAACCUUUUGAACUUAGUUGCAGUUUAUAUUCUCCCCACUUCCCACCAAGUCUUGUUUCUCAUGAGUUCUACUCUUUCUUUGAGAGUGCCCUUUGAGUUUUGUUUGAUAGAACUCAAGAGCUGAGUGACUAACAAAACAAGAUGAAGCCUCGCACUUCAUUAUGGUUUCUCUCUUUGAUUUACACUCUCUCUUUUGUGGCUUCUGACACUCUGCCCUCUAAUGAAGUUUGGGCGCUUAGGAGCUUCAAAGAAGCUGUUUAUGAAGACCUAUAUCAAGUUUUGUCCGAUUGGGAUACGUUAGAAGCAGAGCCUUGUAACUGGUUUGGGGUCACUUGCACUAUGGUGCGAGAUCAUGUCAUCAAGCUAAACAUAUCAGGAUCAUCAUUAAAGGGGUUUCUUGCACCAGAGUUGGGGCAACUCACCCACUUGCAAGAACUAAUUUUGCACGGAAACAAUCUCAUUGGAACAAUACCUAGAGAAUUGGGCGAGUUGAAAUAUCUCAGGGUGCUUGAUCUAGGAAUGAAUCAGUUAACAGGGCCAAUUCCUCCGGAGUUUGGAAAUCUAACUCAAGUUGUGAAAAUAAACUUGCAGUCCAACGGGUUGACUGGUAGGCUACCCCCAGAGCUUGGAAACUUGAGAUUCCUUCAAGAACUUCAGCUGGAUAGGAAUAGACUUCAAGGACCUAUUCCUGCUGGCGAUAGCUCAAAUUUUGCUUCAAAUAUGCAUGGAAUGUAUGUGUCCAAGGAGAACGUAACUGGCUUCUGUCGUUCGUCUCAGUUGAAAGUAGCAGACUUCUCAUAUAAUUUUUUAGUUGGUAGCAUACCCAAAUGCUUGCAGUAUCUUCCGAGAUUAAGCUUUCAAGGGAAUUGCAUCCAGAGCCAGGAUAUAAAGCAGCGACCUCCUAUACAGUGUGCGGGUGCUUCUCCUGCCAGUGCCAAGAGUCAGCCAGUGGUGAAUCCAAGUCACCAACCUACUGAAUAUGUGUCCAAGCAUCACGGAGCGUCAAAACCUGUUUGGCUUUUGGCUCUAGAAAUAGUAACUGGGACUAUGGUGGGCUCUCUCUUUCUGGUUGCUGUUCUUGCUGCUUUUCAGAGAUGUAACAAAAAAUCAUCUAUCAUUAUUCCUUGGAAAAAAUCUGGAAGCCCGAAAGAUCAGACGGCAGUAUAUAUAGACCCUGAGAUGUUGAAGGAUGUGAGAAGGUAUAGCAGACAAGAGCUUGAAGUGGCCUGUGAAGACUUCAGCAACAUAAUUGGGUCCUCUCCAGACAGUGUGGUUUACAAGGGAACAAUGAAAGGUGGACCUGAGAUUGCUGUGAUUUCCCUCUGCAUCAGGGAGGAGCAUUGGACAGGAUAUCUUGAACUCUAUUUUCAGAGAGAGGUGGCAGACUUGGCAAGGUUAAAUCAUGAGAAUAUAGGAAAACUACUUGGUUACUGUAGAGAAGACACUCCAUUUACAAGGAUGUUGGUUUUUGAUUAUGCUUCAAAUGGGACACUUCAUGAUCACCUUCAUUGUUAUGAAGAAGGAUGUCAAUUCUCGUGGACACGGCGUAUGAAGAUUGCCAUAGGCAUUGCGCGUGGACUCAAGUAUUUGCAUACCGAAGUGGAGCCUCCAUUUACUAUCUCAGAGCUGAAUUCUAGUGCUGUAUACCUUACAGAAGAAUUUUCCCCUAAGCUGGUCGAUUUUGAAAGUUGGAAAACAAUUCUUGAAAGAUCAGAAAAGAAUUCUGGUUCCAUUGGCAGCCAAGGUGCUAUCUGUGUUCUUCCAAACUCCCUUGAAGCACGCCAUCUUGAUACCAAAGGAAACAUAUUCGCUUUUGGGGUACUUCUACUGGAGUUAAUUAGCGGAAGACCUCCGUACUGUAAGGACAAAGGAUACUUGGUUGACUGGGCCAAGGACUACCUCGAAAGGCCAGACGAAAUGUCAAGCGUGUUGGAUCCUGAACUGAAGCAUUUUAGACAUGAAGACCUCAAAGUGAUAUGCGAGGUAAUAACUCUCUGUAUCAACCCUGAUAAAACUGAGCAUCCAUCUAUGAGAGAAUUAUGUAGCAUGCUGGAGAACAGAAUUGAUACAUCAGUAAGCGUGGAGCUUAAGUCGUCAUCUUUGGCUUGGGCCGAACUUGCACUUUUAUCUUAAUAUACAGUCAAAACUAAAUUAACAGAUUCACACUAAAGCAGCGAGACACACACUAGUAAUACUUUUUUCUGACUACUCUCUUCCUUUUCUCUUACUCUUAUAUUUCAUUUCUAUUGUAAAUGAUUGCUCAUAAAGGGUAUGUGUUCUGGCUUUAAGCACGAGAAGGUCUCGUUGUAUAGAAAUUGUUAAAUAGAACAAGAUUGUAUUCCACUGGUGUUUCCUUUGUGUAUUAUACCGAGCAUUGUGUCA